AGGAAGUGCGAAGACGAGUGGUGGAUGUUUCCACUAGACAGUCUGCGAACUACCGAUCGCAUUGCGAUCUUCCCAUCUGCAGCUCAUCGAAUGUGCCACCAUAGUCUGGACUGUGUGGGUGUGGGUGGGUGAAGUGAAGCUGCAAGGUACCGUUUUAAGCCGCAUGACGGGCAACUCCACUCCACCUCUCGCUCAGCUGUCGAUCACCUCGUACGCAACGCCAAACGCCAAUUGCCAACCUCUUCCUCCACCUCACACCACAAUACCUCCCACGCAACCACGCAUACAUCCAACUCAAUCCACCCACCAUGACAUCCACCCUCAAAGGCCCAGGCGAAGCGAAGAAAUACGAUGGCUCCGCCCUCCGAAUCGGCAUCAUCCACGCCCGCUGGAACACAAAACUCAUCUCCGCCCUCCUGGACGGGACCCUCAAAACGCUAAAAGCGCACGGCGUGCGCGACGAAAACAUCACCAUCCAAUCCGUCCCGGGGUCGUACGAGCUCCCCCUCGCGGCGCAAAAAAUGUACACGGCGUCGCAGCAGCAGUCGCAAUCUUCGAUUUUGGGGGGCGGAGCAGCGGGAGGCUUGGUUUCUGCCGCGCAGGAUUUGUUGGGCGGGAGUACGACGGAUCUUACGUCUUUGCCUAAGACAUCCUCCGAUCAGGGUAGUAGUAGCGGGGAGACACAGAAGAGCACCACCAAAGGGCUACAACAACCCUUCGACGCCAUUGUAGCGAUAGGCGCGCUGAUCAAGGGCAGCACAAUGCACUUUGAGUACAUUUCCGACGCCGUCAGUCAUGGGUUGAUGAAGGUGCAAUUGGAAACGGGGGUGCCGGUGAUUUUCGGCCUUCUGACGCUGUUGACCGAGGAGCAGGGGCUGGAACGCGCGGGGCUGGACGAGGGGAAGAAGAUGCAUAAUCAUGGGGAGGACUGGGGGGCGGCGGCGGUGGAGUUGGGGGUGAAGAGGAAGGGGUGGGGGGAGGGGGUUUUUGUUGAGUAG